UUUAAUCGGUAUAAUUUGGUUGUAAAAUCGCGAUGCCUGAUUCAACCAAUACUGGUUGUAACAAUUUUUAGUCAUCUACAUCCUUAAAUCAUGUUAGCAAUUCCUAAUGUGGGUCCCAUCUAUUAUUUUAAUCUAACUCAAAACAUUGCAAUUAAAAAGUUAGUAAGUACGAAAAAUAAAAAAGACAACAAUUAUCUAUAUGGCAUUGCUAGAAGACUUUCUAAUUUAGCAAUCUUGCUAAGUUAGAAAGCACACCCACGUCUCUAGCAAUUGCUAGAAAAUGCCACAUAAGCUCUAUGCAAUUGCUAAAGAAAGGUUAGGGAUGGAAAUGGUCUAAUAUGACAAAGGCUCGAUCUUCAAAUGUGAUUUACCCCCUUUCUGCCAGAACUGUUCUUUUCGGAAACAGAGUAUCCCACUACUUACUGCUACUGUGACUGUGUGGCGGAACGCGGGAGGUUACAUUUGGAGGCCAACCCAUGUGAGCAGCUGAGCUCCCCCGCACAUUUGUGGUAUCGACCCAUCUCUCUCUGACAUUUUCAUUUUUCACCCGUGAAAGAGAAAGCACCGGAGCUUUUCCUUCUUCAAUUUCCUAAUCCUCACGUUCUUGAUUACUCGUUCAUUACACUCUUGUUUCCACCUUACCAGCUAAAGGACAACCAUUUCUCUUUCUCCACUUUGCAGAAAAUAUCUUCUCCUUGCCGAACCAGCCAAUUUUCAUUUUGUUUGAUCUCGAUAUGAUUUGAUAUCUCCCCCUUCACUUAUUCUUCUGUCCACUCAUAUCUCUGAUGUAAAAUUCCCAGCUGGUUGUUGUCCUUUGGCCUUUAUAUAAUUUGCUUCACUUCCAAUCUUCUCGCUCCUUCAGUUCUGGAGACUGGAAUUGAAUACCUUUGGCCCCCAUUGUUCAGGUACGCCUUCCCUUACGUUACGCGCGUACCAAACGUAUCUGAAUCGACCAGUAUCUCCUGUUUCGUCUUAAUAUUUUCUUUACUCCCAUAAUGUGUACUGCCAUUUCACUUCCUUUUUAUCUGGGUUCUGCUCCAGUUUUGUCCUUUAUUUCUUUUGCGGUUCCAUUUCCUAGGGAAUGUUAGUCGGGUUUGCUGUUUUGCUUUACUGUAGGGUCGUUCUCUCGUCUCUGCUCCAUUCCGAUGAUUUUGGCUUUCUGGGUUCUCUUCUUUAUCGCCAUUCGUAUUGAAAUGUUUGCAGUGCAUUUGGAAAGUAAUUGGUUGAACAUGUUUCUUGCUCUGUUUCCUCUGUUUAGUAUAGUUUUGUCAUGCAACUUGUUCUUUUGGGGCAGGCCUUGUGAUAGACAACUAAGAAAGAAGAAUGACGAAUUUGGGGAUGGUUUUCGGGACUAAAUCCUCAAAGUCGAUGAGAGUGAGCUUUAGAAUACCGUAUUUCACCAACUGGGGUCAGAGCCUGGUGGUAUGUGGUUCUGAUCCGGUGCUGGGGUCCUGGAAUGUGAAGAGGGGAUUGCUGUUGAAACCUGUGCAUCAGGAUGAUGAGCUAAUUUGGUCUGGAAGUAUCUCUGUGCCGGCUGAAUUCAGCUGUGAGUACAGUUAUUAUGUGGUGGAUGAUGAGAGGAAUGUGCUGAGAUGGGAGAUGGGAAAUAAGCGAGCACUCUUUUCACCUCAGGGGAUCAAUGGUGGAGAUAUCUUGGAGCUUCGUGAUCUCUGGCAGACUGGUGACGAUGAUAUCCCUUUCAAAAGCGCCUUCAAAGAUGUCAUUUUUAGCAAAAGUUGCAAUAUGAAGGUCGAGAGGCCCUUAGGAGUCCAGAAUAAGUUGGAGAAGGAAGAUUCCAUUCUUGUUCAUUUCAGGAUUUGCUGCCCAAACAUAGAGGAAGAGACUUAUGUCUACGUUAUUGGGAGUUGUGCAAAGUUGGGUUGCUGGAAGGUUCAGGAUGGGCUUAAACUUAGUUAUGCCGGAAACUCUACUUGGCAAGCAGAUGUUGUUGUGCAAAAGGAUGAUCUUCCAUUCAAAUACAAGUACUGCAAAUGGGCCAAGGCAGGGAACUUCUCUCUGGAAACUGGUGCGAAUAAGGAGCUCUCUGUUGAUCCCGCAAACAUUCAACUGAAGUAUGUCUUUGUUUCAGACGGCAUGAUGCGUGCAAUGCCAUGGCGGGGAACUGGUGUUGCGAUACCUAUGUUCUCUAUAAGGUCAGAACUCGAUCUUGGUGUUGGAGAGUUCCUUGACCUGAAACUUCUUGUUGACUGGGCUGUGGAAUCUGGGUUCCAUCUAGUUCAGCUUCUACCAAUCAAUGACACCUCUGUUAAUCUGAUGUGGUGGGACUCCUAUCCAUACAGCUCGCUGUCUGUAUUUGCCCUGCAUCCGCUAUACCUGAGAGUACAGGCACUUUCAGCUAAUCUGCCAGAGGAGGUGAAGAAGGAGAUACAGGAGGCCAAGAAAAGGCUUGAUGGAAAGGAUGUUGAUUAUGAGGCUAGUCUGGCAACAAAAUUGUCAAUCGCCAAAAAAGUCUAUGCUAAAGAGAAAGAUGUGAUACUUAACUCCAGCGCAUUUAAGGAAUUCUUCUCAGAAAAUGAGGAAUGGUUAAAACCGUAUGCAGCCUUCUGUUUUCUGAGGGACUUCUUUGAAACAUCUGAGCGCAGCCAAUGGGGUCGAUUUUCUGAAUUUUCUAAAAAGAAGCUGGAGAAGCUCGUCUCAAGAGACACUGUGCACUAUGACAUAAUUCUAUUCCAUUACUAUCUCCAAUUCCAUUUACAUCUACAGUUGUCUGAAGCUGCAGAAUAUGCAAGAAAGAAAGGAGUGGUACUGAAGGGAGAUUUACCUAUUGGUGUUGACAGAAAUAGUGUGGACACGUGGGUGUAUCCCAACUUGUUCCGUAUGAACACCUCCACUGGAGCUCCCCCAGAUUACUUUGACAAAAAUGGGCAGAACUGGGGUUUCCCAACCUAUAACUGGGAGGAGAUGUCCAAAGACAACUAUGGUUGGUGGCGUGCUCGAUUAACACAGAUGUCGAAGUACUUCACAGCAUAUAGGAUUGAUCAUAUACUAGGUUUCUUUAGAAUCUGGGAGCUUCCCGAUCAUGCUAUGACGGGACUGAUAGGGAAGUUCCGACCUUCAAUCCCCUUGAGCCAGGAAGAACUAGAACGAGAAGGAAUCUGGGACUUCGAUCGUUUAAGCCAUCCAUACAUAAAGCUAGAGUUUCUACAGGAAAAGUUUGGAACAUUUUGGGCAGUUAUCGCCUCGAGCUUUCUGAAUGAAGUGCAGAAAGGCUUUUAUGAGUUCAAGGAGGAUUGCAAUACAGAGAAAAAAAUUGCUUCCAAAGUGAAGACCAUGGCAGAACAAUCAUUGUUAUUAGAGGGUGAAGAUAAGAUAAGACGUGAUCUAUUUGAUCUCCUCAAGAAUAUAGUUCUAAUUAGAGACUCCGAGGAUGCAAAGAACUUCUACCCGCGUUUCAACCUCGAGGAUACUUCAAGUUUUCAGGAUUUGGAUGAGCACAGCAAGAAUGUCAUGAAAAGACUGUACUAUGAUUACUACUUCCAUCGCCAAGAAGAGCUAUGGCGAAAAAAUGCUCUGAAGACGUUACCCGUUCUCCUCAAUUCAUCAAACAUGCUUGCCUGUGGUGAAGAUCUGGGGCUCAUACCUGCUUGUGUUCACCCGGUGAUGCAAGAGCUGGGAAUGAUCGGGUUACGCAUCCAACGUAUGCCUAGUGAACCUGAUCUGGAAUUUGGGGUUCCUUCUCAAUAUAGCUACAUGACGGUGUGUGCCCCAUCGUGCCACGACUGCUCCACGUUGCGUGCUUGGUGGGAGGAGGAUGCUGAAAGAAGACAGCGAUACUUCAAGGCCAUAGUCGGUUCUGAUGAGCUGCCCCCCGAUACAUGCCUUCCAGCUAUUGCACAUUUCAUCAUCAGGCAACAUGUUGAAUCGCCAUCAAUGUGGGCAAUAUUCCCAUUACAGGACUUGCUAGCUCUAAAAGAGGACUACACAACACGUCCUGCAAAUGAAGAGACGAUCAACGACCCUACGAAUCCGAAGCACUACUGGCGAUACCGUGUACACGUUACGUUGGAGACUCUGAUGAAGGACAGUGAACUGAAGUCCACUAUAAAAGGCCUCAUUUCUGGGAGUGGAAGAUCACAUCCUGGUUUGAAGGAAACCGACGGGAAAGGGAAGCAAGUCGCGAGUAACGGGAAAGCAGUAGGGAAGUAGAGCUCUUCAAUAAGGCUGCAAACUCCAGAAACCAGACAGAAAGUGCCUGUCUGCCUGAGUGUCUGUAGCAGCAUUACACGAUUCUGGAGCAAGAUUUAAGCUUUACAAUCAAAACCGUUGGCUGGAAUAAGGAAUGUUUGAUGUCAAAUGGUGGUAACAUGUCCACAUAAUGCAUUUGAUGUAAACCAUUACUAUACCAAAUUACCAAUUAUAACAUGAUCAUCCCACCCCACGAAUCUAAUGAACCGCAUCCCGACAAGUGUAUGACAAAAAGAGGUGCCACUUGGUCCUAUAAGCAAAGAGAAACACUAAUCUUUGGUUCCCAAUUAACCACAAUGUUCUUC